AUGGAUAAAGUCCGUCGCCUGGGAUUGGGAAGUGGCCCUCGCCGUACAUUCGACUUGAACGAUCCGUACUGUUACAAUGUCUCAUAUGACUACGUACCAAUGCACGACCCGCAUCUCGCACACCACUUCUCACAGAAGCCGGCACAGCGUAGGAUGAAACAGCUUGGCUUUUGCACCAAAGACGGGAGGGCUGUAUGCUCACUGAAAGAAUUUAACCAGUAUAGGAAGUAUCUCUACAAUCAGUUUAUGGAUCGGAUACACAUGGAAAUGAAGAAACUGGAUGAACGUGCUCGUGAUGACCUCACUCUUAGACGCGUAGAAGCGGAUGUAUCUCGCCGAUUGCAGGCUUUCAUUAAAACCGAGAGGGCCAGAGAACAUUUAGAACGUGUAGCUCAAGAACAUGCCGACGAAUGGGCCGAGAAAAAAAGACUAGCAAAAGAGCAAGAAAGAAACAUUCAAGCUAGAAUGCGAUAUUUAGCAGAAUUUAAUGAAAGGAAACGCCGUGAAAGAGCAGCUCGUGCCCGGGAGAAGGAGAACAGAAUCAAACAAAGGGUACAGGCAGCAGCCGAGAUGGAACUUCGGCGAAAGAUCACAAUGAUCCGACAGUGGAGGACAAAUGAGAAAAAGCGGAUCAACAGACUUAAACAAGAACGUGAAGCAAAACAGAAGCUGUUGGAGGAGGAGGCAAACAACAAAUGGACAGCACGAAUCGAUGCGCAAAAUAUGAAGAUCCAAGAGGAAGCCCUUCUACUCAAACUUUACACAGACGAUAUGAAAGCUGGAGCUAUGAGAAGGGCUAAGAAAGCGGAAAUCUAUGCAUAUAAUACCGAUUUGGAGCUGCAACGUCUGAGACUUGCAAAUUGGAAACUGUUGCACGGAGGGAACGUGAAAGCCGCUAAGCUUGUUAGAAAAAUGGGAAUGGAAUUUGAAAAGUCGAAGCGCGGUGCAAAAGGAAUGUGUUCAGAGCUAGCGCAGCACCUUGCACAAGAAGCAAUGAGGAGCGCUGUUUCAACUCAAGGUGAUCCUUUCGUGACGCUUAGUCAAGCGCGUACCAGGAUGGACAGAGCCACUGUUCUACCGUCCGCUCCAUUGAAAUUACUAGAUGAGUUAUUGGAGUCUGCUGUGAUGGAAUUUGCCCGACUACGUGUACACUUUCUCCUUCGUGACGUUGAAAAUGUUGUUCGCUCAAGGGCUGCGCACGUCUUCUUUUUAAACUUUCAUCCGACAACUAAGAAGAGAGAAACGAAGAGACGAAGUAAAGCAAGAAAGCCCCGCUGGUCGAUCCAAAUAGCAUCAGAACUAGCCCGUCACUAUGCAAACGAACACAACACAUCUAUUGGCUUCGGGGAAAUCAUUACGAUACCUCCCGACACUGAAACUGACGUGGACUUGAAGAGCGUAAAGAACCGCCCACCGACGCCUGUGCCAUCCAAGACGAAACUAGCGGAGGUGACGUUUAUAGAUCGAGUAGAAGACUUACCAGAUGCGGUUUCCGUGCCGAGCUAUUUGCCAGAAAGAAGAAAGUUGCUUGAGAUGGUGAACACAGCUGCCAAAUUGUUGUCGCGCUCUGUAAAUCAGAAAGUACAAAAAGGCAUGGAUAUAACGCUCGGCAUCGUGACUCUGCCUCGACUGAGACAAUCAAUGAAUUGGGGCGAUGCGGUGGAGGGGUUGGCCGGCGCCGUGGUGGACAACCGCGUGCACGCGGACGCGGCCGAGGUGCGCCACGCGAGCGAGUUCCUGGCAUACAGGAUCCUGCGCUCCCUGCAGGCAGAGAUGAAGCGCCAGAAACAGAAAAAGAUAAGCCUUACACCAUCGGAAGAAGAUCAAAGCGAGUUUUACGUUCCUGAAAGAGUGGCAGCAGACUAG